ACACAUGCUUCAGGCAGCAGGAGGAGCUGCGCACGCAUCUCUCCUCUCUGACGCUACAGGUUGGUUGGUGACUGACUGAGAGGUGAUGACUCAAUGAAUUACAGCAGCGAACUGACACCGCAGGACCCUCCCCUGUAGUUUUUUUUUUCUCUCGCUUUUUUCUCACUCACUGCAGCUGGAAGCGUGGAAAGAAAGAGGAGAAAAAGGAGAAGAAGAGCAGCUGCCGGACCAAUGGAGGGGAAGGAAGGAUCUCCACAUCAGUACGGAUCACUGGAGCGCACCGAAUGGAGUAAAGACGCCAAUAAACCAGGUGAACCAGUGGCAAACAUUGCAAUAAUGUUUACGUGUUUAACUUCUUUAAAUUGACUUUUUCUUUUAUGGUGUGUAUUUUCAACCUUGUCUAGAUGUGUGACCACAGUAGAUUAUAUUUAGUUUAGACAUGCCACAGUCAAAGUUAGUGGUUUUCCUCUGUGAUUUAAGAGAUUUGUAUCUCCUGUGGUUAUUUUACCAUCACAAGACGAUACUUCAAAGUUGUAGAUUUUCUCAGUAGUCUUUAAAUUACAAUUCUCAAUCAUAUUUUAUAGAUAUUGGAACUAAUCAAUAUAUUUUCUAGUUGUUGCACAGGCAGAAGCACUGAAAUGUCAAGAAUCCACAGGUGUCUGAUCUACCUGUCUGUGUGUGUGUGUAGUGUGUUUGUGUGUGUGUGUCUUUGACUAACACAUUUAUAACUACUUAACAUUUUAUUGGGACAAAUUGUGUCACUAAUUUGAAAAAACAAACAGAUCCCAUGGUAAGGAUUUGGCAAUUAGUCGUACGCUACAACUGUAGGAAAUUAAUCAAAGUUUAUCAAAUGUGCUUUUUAAAAUGUGUUUGGAUAUAGAUGAAAAGUCCCUGUUAGUCAUCAACCUCAAUCCAUUGAUAGACAUGAGAUACUGCAGCAUUAUAUCUAUGAGUUAGUGAAACUGUUAAUGUACUCUCUUUACAGCUUCAAAUGACAAGAUUUAUUCAUAUGAUUUUAAUAUUUGUGUUGAAUAUAGUGUAAACACUUAUAUAUUAUCUCUAUAUUUUUACUUAUCUUACUUAUUUUAUCUAUUUUCUCUAUAUUUUUACUUAUCUUGUCUAGUAUCUAUCUCCUCUUUUACUGUAUUUGUACUGUGACAAAAGCAAUUUCCCCAGGGGAUUAUUAAAUUAUUUCUGAUUGUGAUUCUGAUCUAAUAGUGCAUUAAUUAUUAAAAAUAUGUCUUUAUUUAUUUUUUUUACAAAUUCACAAACCAGCCAAAAUCUUCAAUUUGAAAACCCAAGGUCUUUCAGGCAUCCCACCAAGUCAGAUCUACGGUCUAAAAUAAGUUAACUUAAGAAGAUUUAAAAGAGACACAAUUUUUGAUGUUUUCAUCUAAAGUGAAAUUAUAAUUUCAUCAAAGUUUUUUCGAAUGCUAAAAAAAUCUUUGUUUUUUCUCAUCAAAUAUUUCUCCUACAUUUGAAGAGUUUGUUGUUUUAUUUAUCCGUCACACCCCUCCCUCACAUCUCUUGUCUUCCUCCUCUGCCAUGUAAUCAGUCUGAUCUGUCUGUCUGUCUGUCUGUCAGUGUGCUGCUCCACCUCAUUACUGCACAUUGUGGUGAUGAUGAGACAGAGAGGGAUGCAGUCAAAGCAAAGACUGUAGCUAAACUCAUCGCAUCUCGGGGGGGUUUGGAUAGAGCAAGGGGUCAUGUUGGGGAGAUGUGGAGUGAAAUGAGGGAAAACAAGUGAAUGGAGGAAGCUGAAGAGAAGGUGAAAAGAGGGGAGCAUUCAGUGAGGUCUGGUGAUGAGUCAUAGCUGCAAAGAGACAAAAUAACCUGUCCUAGAGAGCCUCUGCAGCACAGUAUGGUGUCUCAUGCAAUGAGGAAUAUACUUAAAAAGCCUCAUAUCUCAUGUCUUUAACUGGUCCAGCCCUGACAGCCCAAUAUUUGAAUCAACUACAGAACUACAGCAAAUGGGAAUCCCUACUCAGGGUCAUAGAUGCUUGUCAGAGCUAUUGGCAGGAAAACAAGCGUUGAAUGAGCAAUACUGAAGAUCUAUUUACUGCUGAAGCCAAUGACACGUCAAUACUGAUGAAUAAUCACACCAGUGGUGUCAAGAGUAAGUGAGAGGCCCUUUCUGUCUUACACUUGUAUAUUCUAGUUCACAGGUUAAACUGUGACACAAACACUUGUGGGAUUAUUCCAUCCAAGUAUAACAUAUGUAUGUGCAUGAGUGCAGUGUAUAUGCUAGAUUUCCAUAAUUAGCACCAUAUAUUGUAUUCGUGAUUUGUUGUUAGAAAGGAUAUUUUAGAUAUUGUUUACUGUGUGAAGCCCCUACUAUUUAUUUACGUCACCAGGCUGUAUCUGUUGUCGAUGCUUUUUCACAUACAAAGCAAUUUAUGAAAACAGAUUUUAUAUGUAUUUUUUUAAUUAUUAACACGUGAGCCUCUUUUCCAGCAGCACCAUACUGCUAUUUUUGGUUAAAUUAGAUAUGCUCACAGAGCUGACAGUUGUGACAGUGUCACAGUUGUGGCCAUGGUAUAAAUCUGAGGUGCACCAGUGUACCUAAUGUCAUUAAUGAAGGCUUCUUUUUUUAAAGAGGUAGUUUUGGAUUUGUUACGCCUCUGCUUGUCAGUCAAGAGUGCGUGGUAUGAAAAGUGUUUUUGACUGUUUGUCAGGUCCAUUUUUUUCAGUUAUCAACUUAUUUUUAGGCUUUUUAAGAUAAUGAUGGGAGGUAGUUUAACCCUAAUGUAUCAUAUGUUAUCUUAUGUUACGUGCUGUUAUGUUUUGUUUUGAUAUGUUAUCUUAUGUUAUUUUAUGUUAAGUUAGGUUGUGUUAUGUUAUCUCAUGUUUUUUUUUUGUUUAUUAUCUAAUGUUUCGAUUUGUUUUGUUAUGUUAUGUCACGUCACGUUAUGUUACGUUAUUUUAUGUUAUGUUGUUAUGUUAUGUUAUGUUAUCUAAUGUUUUGUUUUAUGUUACGUUACAUUAUAUUAUGUUACGUUAUAUUAUGUUACAUUAUCUUACAUUAUGUUACGUUACGUUAUUUUAUGUUAUGUUGUGUUAUGAUAGCUUAUGUUAUCUUAUGCUUUAUCAUGUCAUGUCAUGUCAUACACAUACAGUCUACACUCCUGUUUUCUGCAGUGGUAUAUUGUGCUGUGUUGUUCAGCACAGUUUCGAGUGCACUGCGCCGUUCCAUAGGGUUACACACAGUUCAGUACUGAACUAUAUGGCACAGUUCUGUAUUGUACAAUAUUGUACUGCACCAUUGUGCACAGCAUCUUUCCUUAGACUGUAUAUUAAAAUUGUCAUCACAAGUGUUCAGGUACAAUAAAGCCAAAUGAUUAAAGAUCUCCUUUCACAUAAAUAGAUGGAACUUUGGUCAACGAGCUAUGAAAAAAACAACAUAAAAUACAGAUAUAAUGCCUGAUUUUCAGCCAUACUAUCUAUUAUCCUCUAUUGUGCUGCUUUUUAAAAAAAAAAAAAUUGAAAAUGAUUAUUUUAUUGAUUAUCUUUCAGAAUUAACUAGGAGGCUCAGAGUCUGUUUAAUAUGCAGUCAACAUGCAGUCCUAGAUCAAACUAUAUCAUAACGUACUGUGCUGUACCACACACCGUAUCAAAGUUUAUUGUAUCAAAUCAAACAUAUAAAAUCACAUUGUAUGUUUCCAUGCUAAGCUAGGUUUUUGCCUCUGCAAAGAUAUGAGUAAAAUGACAAUAAUUAUCAUACAUGUUUAAUGCUUUCCAGGGUGCGCUCACUGCCACCCUGCUGUCCUGAGUGUGAAUUAGUUUUCACCUUUUUCUCUGCUCUGAUUUCUUUAUGCAGAAGACGUUUUGACAGCACUUUGAGCCAAUGAGCUCUGCCUUAAGGCUAUAAAUAAGACUAGAAUAUAAAGAAAACACACCAGAAUGGGUCUGAGUUAAUGGAGUUAGAGAAUAUUAAGUGUAUAAAAAGAAGAUUCAAAGGCCUCAGGGUAGUAAGGGACUUGGUGUCAGUGUCGGUAAUGGCGUGGAUAUGUUUAUCUCACUCCCUGCGUUGUGUUGCUUACUGCAGGAAGACGACAGAAAUCUAAUAUAACGAUUGGAGAGCGGGCAGUGUGGUCAAGUCACCUGUUUUCUGUCAGGUGUUUGAAAAGGUUAACCAUGUUCAGAUGUUAGAUUAAAUUUAAUGAUGUGCACAGCAACAACUGAGUAUGCUUCACUUUGGAUCGAGGUGCAAAUUUCCCGUCGCAAAUUUGUCUUUAAUUUUGAAAGAAUUAAUGACAGAAGCACAGGAAGUGGCGUGAGUAAUACGACCCAUCAAGACAUCCUGUGUGCAGAUUGAUUAAAGGCUUAGAAGCAGGGCUGCAGUGUGAGACAGAAUAAUUGGACAGAGACCGCUCAUAAUUAUUUUACUGUAGGACAGCAGAGUCUGUUUUUAUUUGAUGCACAUAUUUCAGGAUGUGGUGGAUCCUUGAGUCAUUAUAUCAUUUUUAAUCUGUUGUUUUAAAGUUGUUUCUAUAAUCAAUUUACCUUUUAUUAUGGGCAAGUUGAGCUGAAGGAGCAGAUAAGUUGUGCUACAGGAAGAAAAAUUGCUCCUCUCGCUUCGUUAAAUCAUAACCGAACAUUUAAACCUCUUAUACUGCAAUAUUGAAUCAAGAUAAAUGCAAAUACCUUUGAGGUUUUAUGUAAAGGUAAAGCUUGGUUUUCUUUAUCGAGUCCAUUUUCAAGCUUGAUCAAUCGAGCUCAAACAAAAAAAGCCAUUUGGAUUUACUGCACAGAGGAGAUGAAAACGUGUUUUCCCAACUUUAGCAACAGGCGAUCACAACGGCUUCCCACAUUUUGCUGUGAUUAAAAAGCCAGCAAUCUGCUUCUCCAACUACAAAGAGACAGUUUUUCCCAAAGACUGUCCCUUUAGAUGAGCUGUACAGCAGUAUCAUAGCCAAACUGUGGUAACGGCAGGAGAGAGAGAGGAGAAAGUGCAAAAUACAGACAUGUGAGUCAUGUCAGACGUUCUCCUCCUCAAGGAGUAUUUUCAGAGGAGCAUCAGCUGCUGCAGUUUAUUAAGUUUGAAGGCAGAUCCAUAGGCAGCUUUUGUUCUGUGCUGGAAAUGGGAUCACUUCAACAGCUCCUGAGUGUGCGUGUUUCCUCCUGUCUCUGCACAAUAUCUGACAGUUGAAGCAGCAAAAACUCUUACAUAUUUGUUUUUUGAGAAAAUUGAGCAUGACUAUAAACUGUCCUUUCUCUCUCUUUUAGAGGAUGAUGUGGUGUCAAUGGCUGACUCCACCAUCACCGUGGAUGACAUUGAAGGGGAGCUUUUCAAGAUCGAGAGGAUCAGAGAUGUGCUGGUCAGGAGGGAGUCAGAGCUCAGAUACAUGUGAGUGAAAUAUCGCUUUGUUUGGUAUCAUGGAUGCUCAUUACACCAAGGGCUCGAUUCAUGAAAGGAUUGCUCAGCUUUUAUACUUGCUAACCCUGUGAAAAAAAGGAUAUUUUCUCCACAGACAAGGGGCAGAAUAAUGGAUGGGAUGGGAUAGGCACAUUGUAGAAUAGAAGAGAAUAGUAUAGAAUGGCUUUUAUUGUCAUUAUGCAGAUUUAUACACAAUGAAAUUGGAGAGGCUUCUCUGCAGGUGUGUUAUGAUAUAAACGUAAAUAUGUUUGUCUUGCAAACAAUCUUAAAAUCAACAAACGAGUUCUACAAGCAAUCAGAACUACAACAACGGCAUGAAAUAUUACGGGGAACAAACUUACCGAAUUUAUAAUAUUUGCAGUUAGGCUGUGGCAUGAAGAUUGCAUACACAUACAUAUUUGCAGUAUUGCACAUUAGGUGAGGUAGUGGGUCUGUCAUGAGGGUUAUUGCUAUAGACUGUAUAUAGAAUGGACGCCGUCUGCCUCUUCGCCGGGUGAAGCCACUGUGAGAACAGCACCCUCUGGUGACGGGCUGCAGUAUAGGUCAUAAAUCCCGCCUCCUUUAGAAACUUUAGAAAUUAAUUGCACAGAAUAUUAAUGUUUCUCUCCCCUGAAUGUGAUGUUGACAUGUAGUUACAGUUAGACUGGUUUGUGCUCAAGUCCUCUUUUUUUCUACGAAGAUUGCAUAGCUUACCUAGGGGAAACGCUGUUUGAGCCGAGCGUCAUCCCAGCGACUCUCUGGCUUUAAAUGUGUAUAAUGAUGGAAGGCGGAGCACAUGAGAGUUCAGUCUAGUAACGGCUUGGAUUGCAUUACAGCAUAAACUUUCAAAAAGCAGUUUAAAAAAAAUCAGCUGAAAAUACAAAUUAGAAAUCGAGGAAUGCAUGCCUGUUAAACUUUUGUAAACUUGGACUUUCCUUGAAUACUAGAUCGUAGGACCGGGGGAUAAACCCAAAAUUUACAGAUGGCGAAAUUUAUGAAAAAAAACCAACGUCAUUUCACCCAUGUCAGUAUAUUUGGUGUCAAAUGAAUAAAUAAAUAAAAGUUGGUUUUGGAUGAAAGUUGUAGCGGCUGGAGUGGCGGCUGAAGUUGACAAAGUUAAUGUGGGAGGGGGUGAGUAGCUUGUGGAGUAGUUAUCGUCCAUGUAUCGUUAUCAGAGUGAACUGCUCAAUAUAUUGUGAUAUUGAUUGGAGGCCAUAUUUCCUAGCCCUACUAGAUUGCAUGUAAUUGGUUCUGUAACAUUUUUACAAUGACUUCGGGACCGGGAUUAGAUUCAAAUAAUCAAUCAAUCAGCUAUACUUCUUUCUCGAUCAGUACACCAACAUCAACCCCUCCUGCCAUCACUGAAAACAUUAUUACACUCAAGGGUGUCAUAGUUGCAGCUGAGCCUAACCACUCCUUCUCACCUCAGUAUCAGAAACACAUCUCUUUGCAGCAUUGCUCUCUUCUCCCUUCACUCCCCUCCAUUUGCAUUCCAAUCGGCCCCCAUUAAAAUUUCAAUGGCUUUACCUCUGCUUCAACAAAGCAGGCUAAUGCAUGGAUAUUUAUUCAUCUACUCCUCUGAAAGAUGGUCAGUAUCACUGCUCAGACAGCAGGGGGAAUAUGAGUGGCACAGGAGUUGCAAGCAAGCAUCAGGAGAUGAGAGAGAGGGGAGGAGGAAGAGGGAUAGAGAGAGGAGAUGAAGUCGUGAUUUGAAGUGCUUUUCCCUCCCAGCAGUCCGCAAACAAAACCCUGAAUUUUCUUAUCCUUGUAAGUUAAGAGCAUCAUUUGUAUUUCACAGCCUCUUGUAUGCGUACGUCUGUCAGUGUGUGUUAAGUUGCUGGGAAACUGGGUCACGUGAAGGCCUCUUGACCUGGCAGGGGAAUGAGGCUCUCCAUCUUUCUCCAUCUUCAACUGUGGGUCUUCACCCCCGCCUCAGCAUCAGUAAUGAUCCGCUGACUUGAGGGCCAUUGAACAAGUAGCAGUGACACAGUUGGUGGCACGGUGAAAGCUAUCGAACUCACAGCUGCUGCAGGGGGGCUCCUGCUCCUCAGAAAAGAUUGCAUCAUCUCCUGUGUGAAAUAUAAGCUCAGAAUCAAUCUCCGCCUGUCUGGGUUUCAUUUUCACAGAGCCAAGAUUUCCCCUCUCAUGAACCUUUAAAUCAGAUACCGAGUGUGAUGUGUGUGUGUUUUCUUUCGCCUGUGCAGGAUGGAUGACAUUCAGCUGUGCAAAGAGAUCACGCGCCUGAAGAAGGAGCUGCACAAAUUAGUGUCCAUACCAGGUACAAUAUUUGUAAAGCCCAAAUUUAUCACAAUGUUGAUUUCUAUCAGAAGUUGCAGCAUUUUCAAUAUUGAACUUUGGCAUCCUGGGAUUUCAGUGACAUUUUGAUCAAUUGUUCAGCCUUACUCUGGAUGUUGAAUUUUUGAUUAAGAGGAGAAACACCAACAAGAAGAAAAAGACAAUGGGAUAUUAGGGGUUGGAGAAAAAAUUGACACAGCAUAGUAUCGCAAUGUUUUGUCUGGUGAUAUAGCUGAUCGUCUUAUUUGCCAAAUAUCGAUUUUUCAAAUUAAUUGCUAAUAUGCAGUCAAAUCUCUGAUAAUGGGAAAAUAAGAUCAACUGUUUGUCCAGUGAGGCUGGCAGAGGUGAAAUCACAGAGCAGGAGAAAGUUUGUACAACAAAAAUAUAUAUAAGGUUUGCAAGAUGUGCUACAUGAAACUAAAAUACAGCGUAAAUGAGACAAAUAUAAAGGAAGGCCAGUGCUAAAUUAGCUUAACAGUUGAAAAAAUAUAUCUAAAUCGCAAUAUAUUGUAUCGCAAUACUCACUGUAUUGCAAAAUGUUAACAAUAAUAUCAUAUCACAGCCCAAAGUAUGGUGAUAAUACUGUAUACUGGUGAUUCACACUCCUAUGGGAUACAAGCUUUGUCGUCACAAACAUAGAUGAAUAAAUUCAACACAGAGAUCCAUGGUCUUUACCGCUUAUCACACUCCAGGUGGAGAGCAGAUGAGGUGGGGAAGCAGAUGAAGCUAAUACCAGCUGUCACUGGAAAGGUUGAAUGUCUAGAGAGCUGAUGUAUAGAGACAAACAACAAUUCAUGGGCUAUUGAGAGAGACGAAUCAACCUAACAAGCAUGUUUUAAGGGGUGAGCCUGAUUAGCUCCAAGAAUCCACACAUGCACAGAGAGAACAGGCAGACUCCACACAGAAAGGCCCCCGGGAACCUCUUUGCUCUGGGGCAACAGCGCUAAAAAAAGUUAACCUCUCAGCACCUCAAAGCAUUUCUUGUUUGUUUAGGCUGAACAGAAAUCUAAGUGCAGCUUUUUUUAAACUUUUUGAAAGUACAAAAAAAAGUUUAAAAAGUGCAGUCUUGAGUGUUCAGGUGAGACGGUCUCCAAAAGCCCAAUGAAUCCCAAUAAUUCUUUUUUCAUAUAUAUUUUUGAAAUAUCUGUAAAUAACUUUAAUUUUUAAAACAGGUAAAUGUUACAGAAGAGGAUUAGGUCCACUGGGGGGAAAAAAGGCCCGAUAUAACUUUUUAAAAAUUAUUACUCUGAGAAAAAAAUCUGAACUCUGACUUUAAACUCAGAAUAAUAAUUUUUAAAAUUAUAUUGUACCUUUAUUUUUUUUCCAGUGGCCCUAAUCGUCUUCCAUAAAAUGUGGCCUGAUACUCUGUCAAAGAAAUGUCCACAUUUAAAGUCAAAUUUAAAAUGUUUACUGACUGGUUAAAAAAGCCAAUUUGUCUCUUCGUACAUAAUGCAUGGGGAGUAAAACUUCAUUGACUUGAAGCCUUAACUACAACAGAAAUAAAUGUGUACAAACUAGUACCGAAACUGUUUCUGGUUAGCUCUUAAUCAUGUAAACAGUUUUCAGAGAGGAGUUAAAACUUUUAACUCACAGGUGUGUUAAAUCUGUUCUUCAGAGGGCUUAUGAUCUACCUGCACCAUGUUUUUUUUUACCUCCAUCACUGGGUUGUAUACCACCUUUUCAGAAACCAAUGAGUCAUAUCACUGUGACGAGCUGUUCCCCUAUCUUCAGAGACGGUAAUUCAUGUCGUGUUUUAGCUCAGGGAAAAACAGGCUGAGUUGUUUUCCCCUCUUACUCCAGUUUUUCUGGAUUGAACUGAGCAUAUGUUGUAUUGAUCAUCUCAUUUAACUCUCAGCAAGAAAACUAAUGAUUGAGUUUCCAAAAUAUGAAUUAUUUACUCGUGUCUUCCCUUUAUGCACUUGUUUAGCACUGUAUUACAUUUGUAGUGUUUAUACCUCAGAUUAAAAUCUAAAUUUCUGUUUUUUAGAUAAAGACAAGUCGAACGAGGACCGACAGAAGGAAGAGGAGCUGCUGCAGCAGAUCCACAAGCUGGUGGAGACCAGAGAUUUCCUCGUGGAUGAUGUGGAGUUUGAGCGGCUCAGGUGUGUUUGUACCUCUGUGGUUUCAUUAUAGCCAAGCAGGAGUCCUUUAAUGUGUCUGUCACCAUAGCCUGUUAAUGAAUAAUUAAAAAUGAUAAAGAGCCCGUUCAUUUACAGAAGCCAUGCGGUCUUGCAGAGAAGGCUUCAGGGAAUUCUGACUCUGAAUUUUUCAUGCACAGAUGUUUGAUAAUGCAGAUUUGUGAGUAUGGUUUAUUAACAGUUGUGUGAUGGUUGACGGCUCUAAAGUGAAACCUCACCUGUUGUCAGUCCUGCAGUAAAAUUGUGUUAAGUAUUAUCAGCGUAUCACCUGUAUGCUUAGUCAGAGCUGCUCUGUAAUAAACACUAAAACAUGUCCUGAGGCACUGCACUCUGAGACAGUGUAACACAGAGCCAUUUCAGCUGAAGACGAGUCAGCUAGCAGUUAGACCGAACUGCUCGAGGAGCUGCUGUGGAUUUAAGAAAACUGUAGGGCUGUAAAGUCCCAGUCGAUUGGUCGAUACGUGUUGUGUCGACCAAAGUUCUGAUUGGUUGACUCAAUUUUUUUCUGCAUCAAUUUACAGUCUAUGGUUAACUUCAUGAGGAGGGACGUACAGAGUGCUAAUGAGGGUGUUUUCAGAGCACCCCCGUUUCACAGGUAACAGCCUGUGUCAGAACACCCCUCUUGUUUCCACCAUUUUGGAUUCACCCAACCCACUGGAGACCGACUGGAGACAGGAAGAGUGUUGGCGAAUUUUUUUUGUAGGAUGGAAGGGGAAGGUCCCGCCCUCUUUCACUUCUGAUUGGCUAGAAGUGCUGGGCUCCGAUUGGUUAUUCCUUAUGGCUGUGAAACGUCAUCGUCUGUCGGGUUCAGAUUAGGGUUAGGGUUAGGAGAUUCAGAAGUGCGAUAAUGUUCUGUAAUAUUCUGUUCGAUGUCAAGAGCCAACAGCCCGCGAAUAGCUUGAGCGUGUGAAGAUGGUUCCAGCUUUUCUUGCCAAUCAGAGGCGAAGGAGGCGGGACUUACAAAAAUAAAUAACAAAUAAAUAAUAACAUGGUGGUUUGCUGAAUAUAAUAUUUGUGUUUAAUUGCCUUCUUGUGUUGAUAUAGGUACAUUUCCACCCCGCCAAGUCGCAUCGUACCCCCCCAUUAGUCGAUUUUUGGUUGAAAAUUUCAGGGUUUUACCCAGCCAAGAGUUUCUUUGAAAACUGUUUGCGUUUCUUAGCUUUUGUAAGCUGGUCAUGUUUGGCUAUUUUUCUCUUUGGACUUUGUUCAGUCUUGUUGUCUUGUUUUUAGAGGCAGCGGUCCUUGUAAAUUGUGGCGACUGUCAACUCUGGACUAUUCAGGCCAUUACAGUUGUGCAAAAUAGGCAUUUUGCAACCUGUCCAGCCUCUGCUUUGGUUACGACUGAUGGCGUAAGAGAUAUGCCAGAUUACAAACGGGAUUCUUGAACAGCCAACCUUAAAGACUCCUCAGCCUCAGACAACCUUACAGAGCAGGCAGAAAUGAGCCCACUUCUUCAACACAUUCACAGUGUUUAUUCUCUCUAGUCUAAGGUUUAGAGGACUUAUUUGAUCUCUAAUAUCCUCAUAGAUUCUUGCAUUUCCAUGUGUUUUACAUCAGUCUUUUCUCUACAGGGAGAAUGAAGAAGACAAAGAAAUGGCAGAUUUUCUGAAGUCCAAAUUCCCGAGACAUCUGAAGAAGAAAGGUAUUUAAGUUUAAAGAGAGUUGAUUUUUUUCUGUGCUCUGUCAAAGCUGGAGUAUCUGAGGAGGGAAUAAGCUGCGGCAAGAAGUUUCAUUGUACCAAAGUUUUUCUUGCUCAAGGUGCUUUUCUGCAGACGGCUUUGAAUGAUGAAGAUUCACACGUACGCUGACUGAUACUUCUCAGAACCAAAAAAAUGGGAGUUUUGUGGCUGAUGUUUCUUUUAGCUCAUCCUGCCUUAUCAUGAAUCAUCUGAAUCAUUUCACGUGGAAAGUUAACCCCUUGCACACCUGAACAUCACUGCUGUGUGUUCGUCUGUAUGAAUCACUUGUACCCGCUGUGUUUCGAUUCAUGCUCCAGGUUUACCAACCAGACGGGUGCCAUCCAGAGCUCAGCAGGCCACCCCCUUCACCAAAACAGGCCUCACCCUGCUGAAAGAGUGCUGCGGCUUCACCUGCUCCAUCAUGUAGACUGAGGGCCCGACUGCAACAAAAAAAGCAGCCAUUUCACAGGAGUCCACAUUCCCAGUUUCAGCUUUUCAGUCCGACAAAGACUUUGAAGCGUGGAUGGAGCAGAAGAGACGCUGAAGUUGACUUUUCCCAGGAGGAGGGGAGAGAAAUUUGCCAAGACCGUGUGGUAUGAUUCUGAAGUGAAGACUCGACUCUGUCUUGUGUUGGAUCUGUUUGUCCCUUUCACUGGAUUCCAUUUCUGAAUGUCUUUUUAUCCUUUUAGCCUCUCAACACACUAAUUAUCCCUGCCUGACCAGCUGCUCGAGUCCAAAAGAAAAUAAACCAGCACAUUGUAUAUGUUUCUUUCUUUGAUACUGGCAGGAGUGGGUGUGAAGCACAGAAACAACAUAUCAGGCAUGGAUAGUGCACACGCUAAUUGGAUUCAGUCUCACUAAGCUGAACUGUCAUCUCCUCGUUAGGAAAAGUAGCUGUUUCGCUGUAGUCACACAAAGCCAGUUCAGAGACUGCCGGAACUUUAUAACCCUGGUGUGUUAGGAUGAUGAUGGGGGCGGUUUGGUACAAAUAAGUGUGACCUUUUUAGAGAGGGUGGCUUGAUCGGUCGCAUUAAUCUUCAGUUUCCUCCAAUAGAUUCGGAUAAUUACUUCCUUGAAGGUGUAAGUCUCUUGUUUUUUAGUGCUUGUUUGUUUGUUUUAAUGAGGAAGUGCAUCAAACCAGAUGGUCUAACUUUUAACAUGAUCUAACUUUGUCAGACACUUUUUAAAUUCAGGUAUCUCUAAUGAACAUGUAGAACAUUUGAAGGUCCAGUUUAAUGUGAUAUAACACCAUGCUCACUGGCAAUUCACAUGAGGUCAGUACACUUCUGAUAUAUCAGAAUCGUCUUGAUUAGGGUGACCGUAUAUCCUCUUUUGGGGGGCAGUCCAGGGGAGUUUAUAAAAUCCUUCAAAUGUCCUGGGUUUUGUAUGGAGGUUUUGAGUUUGUGUAGCAUGGACAAAUGAAGUUAGAAGCACAUAAAAAACACGUAACCUGACCUGGAAAACCCUCAAAAUUUGUGUGCGACUCCACCCCGCUUAGUAUUGUCCUCUUUUGGGGGACACACCUAGCGCGAGUAAAACCAUCUACUCGCUUAAUUCACGCGAAUCUAGACACAUGAAUGAAUAGUAUUGCUUAAUUUGCACGUCAACGGUAAUUUCAAUGUUUUUUUUUACAAUUUACCAGGUAAUCCGACCUCCUCACUCACCUGCCUCCAGGCCAGCUUCUGUCGUGAACAAUCGUCCAUUUUCGUACGUCACCCGGCAACCUUGAUGUCGAGUGCUUAUCGUGGCGCGAAUAUCCGCUCAAUUUGAGAUUCGCCCAAUUCACGUCAUUCACACCGUCAGAGUCGUAGGAGCGUCUAGUCGCACCUUUGCAUUGAAUUAACAUGUAACUCAACAGCACCCUCUGGUGACGGGCUGCGAUGUAAUUCAUUGAAAUCAUUUUCCUCGUGCUUGGUGUGUGGAGACAGUUAGUUUUGAUGAAGCAGUGAUUUUUGCAGCCAUUGUAUUUAUCCAUGUCAUUUAUUUACUUAGGAUAGUUAUAACCAUUGUAGCAUCUAUUCUUUUCAAGUUCCCAAACAGGAUAUUCAAGAUCAAACAAUGAAUAAGAUAACAGAUAUCACCAGAAGAAAAAAAGGCAAAAAAAGUACAAGAAAGACAGAAGAGAAAACAUUUUCAGUUCUCGGAUCGACACAAAACAAGAUGAUAAAAACUGUAAAUAAUUUACAUCCUCAUGCAAAGUGUUAAAUGAAGCCCAAAUCUUAACAACUCACUCUGUAUUUGACUUUUUCCUUCAACUUUUCAUUAAACAUUUCUGGCGCUCACCUGAUAAACAGCUGCCUGCUUGCAAUCUUGUGAUUUUGCUUAUAUGUAUUGACAACUCGGUGUUAUUGUAAUGCUAUACCUGUUGGCACGAAUUGAGAAUUCAUUUGAGGACAUGGAAGAUCUUUGCACACACUGAGCCCGACAUAAAAGUCAAUUUUCAAAUACAAUGUUUGAAAUACAAUUUUUUUUUUUUUUACAAAAUAUACUUAAAGACAAAU